UUAGAUUCAAGUCUUUCCAGCUUCUAGCAUCUGGAAUUCUCAUUUAGUAAAUUUUUGACAACAAGCGCUUCCCGGCCUCUCUUGGUAGCCCUGUGGCUGUAUUAACCAUCACACUAAUCCAUCAUCGUACUACGAACAGAAUCAUACAUCCUUCAAUCCCAUUCAACCUACUCGACCCCAUCAACCUACUCGUCCCCAUCUAUUCUCUGAAUCCUACAUCAUGACCACUCUCUUCUGCGCGACUCUCCCAAGCCUUUCCGUCCCCAGCAACUCCUCCAUCAACGGAAGUUCACAGACUUCAAGACUUGGGCCGACUACCAACGAUCAUCUUCCAUCACUACCUCCGACCACUCAGAAGACGACUCAAACCCCAUCACUUCCACAACACCAUACGCCGUACAGUUUGUUCGACAAGUCAACUACGGUCCCCUUGAAUCAAAACGCUACUUCAUCCCCAGUGAGAAUUUCCCCGGGGGAUUUCAUCGAGAUGACCGAACAACAUCUUAUCGUAGCCAAUUAUCAGAAAUUGAACUCAUAAGUAAUUAACUUGUCUUUCAUUGUGUUUUGAUGCUCAGCAUUCAUGUUCAUUACGAUUAGCAGCGAUAUUGUAUAUGUGAUGUGAGUAGACUCCAGCCAGUUAAUAAGUAAACAGAUACAAAAACUUCAAAUGUACUCCGCAUAACAAAUUUUUUGAAGUU